AUGGGUGGAAAGCACGGCUGUGAGGUGAGGCUGAAGGCCGCUACUAUAUCUGACAUCGCAGUGAAAUUUUGUUUUUAUCAGGCAAUCAAAUUCGGUCGAAAUUCAUCAUCGAUACAGACAGAGUCUGCUGAAUNUGCGGAUCGUGAACGGGAAGAGCGUGAGCGCGCUGAAGAGGAGCGUAUUAUGAACCAGAUGCAAAAGGAGGAGUUAGACGAACAGCGGGAGAGAGAAGAUCAGUUGAAACAACUCGAGGAAGAACAAAUGCAACUCAGGAACAUGGAACAGGCGCGACUUUCAAGGCUGCCCAGCGUCAAGGGGAGCAAAGAGUAUUUAGACACGAUUGAGUCGUUGACCGCUGAUGAAGUCGAACGAGAAUUUCAGAGGCGUGUUGAAGAAGAAAGAAAAAGGAAGGAAGCUGGUGAUGAUGGGGAGGUCAUACAGGAACGCACUGCUGGGGGACUGGUGUCGGUAACACGUGUGAAGUACUACGCGCCAGGUAAGGAGGAGAGAAUGGAGCGAGGAAGGAAGAUCGACUUGAUACUUCAGGAAAACACACGACGAGAAAAGGAAAGGAAAGAGGCCGAGAAAAGACGACAGCAGAAAGAAGAGGAGGAGGAGAAGCUUCGAAGCGAACGGCAACAGCGCCGGCUUCAGCAGUUUGAAUUAGACCGUGAGCAGCAGAAAGACGUUCAGCGACGAUUACAGGAACAGCGUGAAAGAGAACAGGAGGAGUGGCUGAAACAGCAGCGAGAGAAGAGAGAUCAACAGAGGAUUGAACAAGAGAGGCUGCGGCUAGAGAAGAAGAUGCAAGAGGAAGAAGAACGCAACAAGAGGCGCCUGGAAGUACAGCAGCGGCGCGAUCAGGACGAGCGGCUACGACGACAGAGUCAGCAGCAGAAGGAGGAAGAGGAGAGACUGCGGGCUGAGGAAGAACGUGAGGCGGAGGCAAGGCGUGAGUUCGAGAGGAGGAAGCAGCUUGAGGAGCAGAGGAUUGUUAAAGAGAAGGAGCAGCAGGUACGGAAGCAGCAGAUGGAAGAACAGAUGCUUCAGGAGGGAAGGACGCGGAAGUCGUCUACUGAAGAACACGUCAAUGAACUAAAGGAUCGCGCCACCGCCGAUUAUGAAAGGAGGCGGAAAUUGAUCGACGACGAAAUAGCUCGACGGCGCUCGGAACCCGUGUCGGUUCUUCGCCAUCCCAGUUCGUCUCGACCCAAGAAACAAGUGUCGUUUUCGAACGUGGCGACAGAGAUUCGUGAGCCCGCUUCUCCGACAUACGUGGUCGGUACACCGUCGGGUUACACAGCGCGGGUCACCCCUGCCCCCAGUGUCAGAUACGUGAACACCCGGGCUCCAAGUGACCCGGUACCAGAUGCUACCAGGCCACCUCUCCCUGACGACGACGAUGAUCUUCCUCCUCCGCCGCCACCACCCCCACCUCCUGACGAGUUGUUAGAGGACGAUAACUUUCCACCCCCACCCCCACCAAAAUCACCGCAAAGUUUUGAAAGAUUGGCUGCUCUAACUGGAGAUCGAUCAUCUUCAAGUGCUGGGUACACAUCCCGGGUGACUAUUGCAGCACCAGGAACUCGGGGUCAACCGGAUUACACCGCAUCGUACUCCAGCACGGGAGUUCCUCUUCGCCAGCCGCCAGUGACGUCAUCAUCCGCCUACCCUAGUUACGCGACGUAUCCAAGGCGACCACGGCCUGUGUCUUACCCAGCAGCUCUCGAGUUAAACCAAGCGGGACCUCCCCCUCCUCCUGUGAGGUAUGGAUCGCAGGAAAAUGUUCUUGACGGACCUCCGUCUCGCACCAUGCCUCAGUACGCUCCUAAACCCGCGCGAUUAGAUAACGAUGAGAUGAAUGGAGCCGAGACGGUCCGCGGACGCCUGGGGCGGAUGUCCUUGACAGACGAGGAGAAAUCCGAGAGCCAGUUUGUUUCUAGGAAACCAGAAAAGCUGGACUUCAAGGAUAAACUUAAAAUGUUCAAUGAAGAAACACCAAAAGAAAAAGUCAGGACAUCAAGAUGGCAACAGGAACAAUUGGCACAGAUGAACGGCGAUAUAACUUCCCCUUAACGACAAAGUAUCCUUGCAGGACAUUUGUAUGACGUGUAAUAACUACAUUGAUCUCAAUGAACGUUUUGAGGGAAAUAGAAGUCAUAGCAAGUACGCCAUAAAUUAACCUGGGCGAUGUUUUCUAAAUUUUGACUUCAUUGGAGCUUAGACAGAAGAGCCAUCGAUAUUGCGAUAAUGCUUAAGUUUACAUCAUAAAGUGCUCUUGUAUACAAAUUACCCACGGCAAUGGCCCAUUUGCGAGCGGGAUCUGUAUACAAAAUUGAUUAAACUUGUAGUGUCGAAGUUUACAAAUUUGUACUGUAAAAUGUUCGUCUAUUUACAAAUGUGUGUCGGGUUUCUGCAAGAAAUCGCUACCGCCUGGCAGGUCUACUCUUGAAUAUUUCCAGACACUUCUUUCAGUAUCGAUAUUUUUUCUGUGCAAAUCCGACUGUUUUAAGAAAACUUUUAAGAUGGUUUGUUCUCAAGUUUGAACGCGACCUCGACCACCAGUAAUUGGUUAAGUUUUAAUUUUUUUUUUAGAUAUUGUACGUGAAAACCAGUGCUUAAAAUGCUUUUUCAUAUGCCAUCCUAUAUUCUAUUACGUUAUAAAUACACAGAGAAAUAAGUAUAGAUUCAUUAUUUGCCCAUAAGCGCCUGCAAAUUUACUAUUAGUGUUUUGUUUCGAGAGCAGCCCUUCAGUCACGGUAACAGCAGCGGGGUUAUGUCAAUGGGCUCAUAGAUAGUUCUAAGGCCAUUUGGUUGUGAUUUCCAAAAGCUUUAUAUUGAAAAUGGCUCUGGGAACUUAAAGUUCCUAAAGGAGAAAUUUAAAGGGCAGGGUAAAUUUAUCGUAACUUUACCGUCGUAUUUAGCGUCCUUGCAAAUUACAAACUUAAGGUAAAUGAACUUUUUUUUAGUAAAGUUAGUGCUGUGGUAUGAUGGUUAUCCCGAAGAUUCACCGAUCUUUCACGACCAAACGACAAUUAGCCGAUUGGUUACGAAGAAGCGAUCGGGUGGCACUGUAGAGAUUUGAGGCGGACGAGUUUCACGAAGCACUUAGAUUUUGAAUAGUAUUUUAAUUUUUCACAAGUAUGUAAAUAGAAUUCAAGCUACGAGCAUUAGUUUAAUGUAUGUAUGUAAUAUACGUUUGAAAGGAAUAGAAUUUUCUCUAGAGACGGGAAACGAAUAUUGUACACGCUUAUUUUCACUAGAUUGUUAGGACAAGUUUGAGUAAUUUUACGAUCUUUGAUAAAUAAAAAUGUUAGAACAGUACGAAAUAAAGGUAUGCCAGAGAAAACGA